GAGAGGUUACUGCCUGUCUCAGGAGUCGGAGCCAUGUCAGUCCACGUACAGAUUCAGUGCUGCUCCCUGCUCCUCUGGUGGCUUUACCCUGUCCUCGGCUCUGUCAGAGCACCAGACUAUCACCUCGAUAAUGUCUUAAGCAUCAUCGAGGAGUUGGAAGGCCUCGCCCCAGCGUUGACUAUUCUCGAUGUGGCCACUGGCCUAGGGGGACUGCGGACCUCUGACCAGGAUUACCGCCAUCUUCUUCUCGGUGAUGGCUCAGCCCCUCCCGCUUCUCUGCCACCUCUCUCCGAAGACCAGCUGUCUUUUAUGAGAGACGUCAUGAACCACAGAGCCAGCCCUCCAGCUGAGCGCGGUGUGGUCCUCACUCCGGACGGGACCACCAUCGCUUUGGCCAACCUGAUGGCGGGGAUAGAAGCUGGACUGAGAAGGAAGAAGGACUGCUCUUGGCCGGACGUAGCUGGGGACGCCCCGAUUGAUAAUCUUUACGCUCUGACGUUAGCCAAAGAUCUCGGCUUAGCAAUCGUGGCCCAUCACUCAAACAGCAGCCAGGUGUUACUGGGACCCAAUGGCUGCUGGGACAAUGUGAUUUCUCCUCAGGUUUUCACUGGGCUGGGUCCCUUGUCUCUCGCCACAGAUGCUGUGAUGAAUGGAGGCAUGGAUGGCUUCAUCCUGGGACACCUUCUAACUCAGUUCCAAGGCCCACCAUUGCCCAAGCUCAGUGCUGUGCUGAGGGAUUACUAUGGCGAGACCCAGGGGCAGAUAGGCCUCAAGGCCAAUGCACGGCGAAAGAACUUUCAGUCAAAGGUUGACCUCAAUUCUUUUACCAAUCAGGUUAUAAGUGCAGUUUAUCUAUAUGACUACAUCAGGAAUGAUUCAAUUCUCCAACACCUCAAUGACAGCAUCCUUAGAAGAAUUUCUGAGCAAGGAGUUAAACAGUUUCAUCAUCACUAUCUUGAAUGUCCCGCCAUUAUUCCUCGGUGCCUGUGGGCUGCCAGACCGUACAAAGGGUCUCCGGUGAUGCUCGCGCUUCCCCUGCACUUUGUCUAUAUCCACCACACCUACGUGCCCAGCCAGCCCUGCACCACCUUCCGCCAUUGUGCAGCGAACAUGAGGAGCAUGCAACGCUUCCACCAGGAUGUUCGUCAAUGGGACGACAUCGGCUACAACUUUGUUGCAGGCUCUGAUGGAUACAUCUAUGAAGGACGUGGAUGGUUCUGGCAGGGAGCUCACACCAAAGGGCAGAACUCAAGGGGGUAUGGAGUCAGUUUUAUCGGUAACUACACCACCGAGCUCCCAGACCAGGCAGCAAUGGAACUAGUCAAGGAAACGUUCAUGAGGUGCGCUGUUGCUAACAACAGAAUCGUCAGUGAUUACGCCGUUCAGGGCCAUCGGCAACACAGACCAACCCUGUGCCCAGGGGAAAGGCUCUUCAACGAAAUCAAGACCUGGGAGGCAUUCAGGGAGGUCGAACAAGCCAAUGGAACCACUGGUGAGUUGUAACCCCGGAAGAACAAGGCUUAGAGAGAGCGUGAGGAGAUGGAGAAACCAGUUCACAAACACAGAAGAGUUACUUGGAUCAUCAUGGCUGUACGAGUGAAUUCUAGUGUGUCGUCCUCCCACUUUACUCAGUAUGAAUUAUUUAAUACCUGUUUAUGAUCUUAACAUUUGGAAUUCCCAUGUAUACAAUAUUCGUCAAUGAAAUUAAAUUUGCAUAUUAAUUAACAUUGAAUUAUA